GUAUAAAAACUUAAGCUAGGAGACGUUGGUAAGCACUGAAACGGAUUAUCUCAGUGAGCGAAGUUACUAGAACAACUUCUUCGAGUGUGUUGGAGUAGUAAGAUGAGGAAGUGGACGAUCCCUUCCGCUCUGCUUCUGCUGUGCCUUCUCUCUCUCCUGCCGGAUCAGGGUCGGAAAUUACAGGCCAGUGCAGAGGGUAGUUCUGAGGAGCUCGUAGAUCCACCAAAGGUUGAGGACAAGAUCGGGGCUGUUCCCAAUGGGCUAUCCACCGACUCUGACGUCGCUAAGAGGGAGGCCGAGUCAAUCUCAAAGAGAUCACUCCGCAAUAACGCGGAACAGUUUCAGUUCCAGGCAGAGGUGUCUCGGCUCAUGGACAUUAUUAUCCACUCUCUCUAUAGCAACAAAGACAUUUUCCUCAGGGAGCUGAUCUCCAAUGCUUCUGAUGCGCUCGACAAGAUUAGAUUCCUUGCCCUUACAGACAAGGAGAUUUUGGGUGAAGGCGAUGACACUAACCUCGAAAUACAGAUUAAGUUAGACAAGGAGAAGAGAAUCCUCUCCAUACGUGACAGGGGUAUAGGUAUGACAAAGGAGGACUUAAUCAAGAACUUGGGAACCAUAGCAAAAUCUGGAACUUCAGCCUUUGUGGAGAAGAUGCAGACAAGUGGUGAUCUCAAUCUUAUUGGGCAAUUUGGAGUUGGGUUCUACUCUGUAUACCUCGUUGCAGAUAAUGUGGAAGUCAUCAGCAAACACAAUGAUGACAAACAGCAUGUUUGGGAGUCAAAGGCUGAUGGGUCAUUUGUAGUUUCCGAGGAUACAUAUAAUGAACCACUAGGACGUGGUACUGAAAUUAGAUUGCAUCUUAGAGAAGAAGCAGGGGAAUAUUUGGAAGAGAGCAAACUAAAAGAGUUGGUGAAGAAAUAUUCUGAAUUUAUCAACUUCCCCAUCCACCUCUGGGCAAGCAAAGAGGUUGAUGUGGAGGUUCCUGCCGAUGAGGAUGAGUCCUCUGAUGAGGAAGAAUCACCUGAAAGCAAAUCCUCCGAGGAAGAAACUGAGAAAAGUCAAGAUGAAGAUGAAGAUUCUGAGAAAAAACCAAAGACAAAGAAAAUAAAAGAAACUACUUAUGAGUGGGAGCUUCUAAAUGAUGUUAAAGCUAUAUGGUUGCGCAAUCCAAAGGAAGUAACUGAUGAAGAGUACACCAAAUUCUAUCACUCUAUUGCCAAGGAUUUUGGUGAUGAGAAGCCUUUAUCAUGGAGCCACUUUACCGCUGAAGGUGACGUGGAAUUCAAGGCUGUCCUGUUUGUGCCUCCUAAGGCUCCUCAUGAUCUAUAUGAGAGCUACUAUAAUGCCAAUAAAUCCAACUUGAAGUUGUAUGUUAGAAGGGUUUUCAUAUCAGAUGAAUUUGAUGAGCUUUUGCCAAAGUAUCUGAAUUUUUUGAAGGGUCUUGUUGAUUCUGACACCUUGCCACUCAAUGUAUCACGAGAAAUGCUUCAACAACACAGCAGUUUGAAGACAAUUAAGAAGAAGCUCAUCCGGAAAGCCCUUGAUAUGAUCCGUAAACUUGCUGAGGAAGAUCCUGAUGAGUCCAAUGACAAAGACAAGAAAGAGCUUGAGAAAUCCAGUGAUGAUGAUGAGAAGAGAGGCCAAUAUACUAGAUUCUGGAAUGAAUUCGGCAAGUCCAUUAAGCUUGGUAUCAUUGAAGAUGCGGCUAACAGGAAUCGUUUGGCAAAACUCCUAAGAUUUGAGAGCACCAAGUCAGAUGGAAAAUUGACUUCACUGGAUCAGUACAUUUCAAGGAUGAAAUCUGGGCAGAAGGACAUAUUUUACAUUACUGGAGCCAGCAAAGAACAGUUGGAAAAAUCUCCAUUCAUUGAGCGGCUUAAGAAGAAAAAUUAUGAGGUUAUUUUCUUCACAGAUCCAGUUGAUGAAUAUCUGAUGCAAUACUUGAUGGACUAUGAAGACAAGAAAUUCCAGAACGUGUCAAAGGAGGGUUUGAAACUUGGUAAAGACUCAAAAGACAAGGAAGUCAAGGAAUCAUACAAGGAACUCACUAAAUGGUGGAAGAGUGCUCUUGCCAGUGACAAUGUGGAUGAUGUGAAGCUGUCCAACCGUUUGGCUGACACGCCUUGUGUGGUUGUGACAUCAAAGUAUGGUUGGAGUGCAAACAUGGAGAGGAUCAUGCAGUCUCAGACUUUAUCAGAUGCUAACAAACAAGCAUACAUGCGUGGCAAGAGGGUCCUUGAGAUUAACCCAAGGCACCCAAUCAUCAAGGAGCUCCGGGAGAGAGUAGUAAAGAAUGCUGAGGAUGAGAGCGUAAAGCAGACAGCACAGCUUAUUUACCAGACUGCACUCAUGGAGAGCGGUUUCAAUCUUCCAGACCCCAAGGAUUUUGCCUCCCGCAUCUACAGUUCAGUGAAGUCUAGCCUAAACAUAAACCCUGAUGUUGCAGUUGAGGAGGAAGAAGAUGUUGAAGAGGUUGAGACAGAAACUGCUACAAAUGAAGCGACAGCUACCCCUGAGGCUGAUGCAGAUACACUGAAGGAUGAGUUGUAGGUUGCCUAUAGCUGAUAGGGUGGGGUGUUACAAUGGGCUUUGGCCCUUCACGGUUCAGUUUCUGGAGAAAUGGGAAAUCGCUGCAUUGCACUUUUUGAUUUCAUUUGGUUAAGUUAAAGACAUUAGGUAAUAGAUUUACUGUAAUCAUAUAAACCAGAAUUUUGUCUCCAGCAUCUAGUUAAUGAGUUUCAGAGAGACUAUGCCAUGUACUUUCUUUGCAAAAUACAAUGUUGAGUAAUUGCAGCGUUAUAUA